ACGAGCAGCAAGUUUGAGCGAAGUGUCUUGUGUCAAUGAUCGGUCGCCAUUCAAGCCAAGGAAGGAUGUAUACACGAGAACUCCAACCUUCACUGCACACAACCACGCACCACGCACCGACAGACACCACACAUGCGAUUUGGUCUCCUUACGUUACGAAUGCAGUCGAAGCGGCUUCUGCCGAUCGACAUCCAAUGCACCAACCAACCGCAUGAACCAACUUCUACACAAAAAUCAACAACUUGCCCCUUGCCUCUCUCCGCUCGGCUCCAUCGUGCGUGUUUUGUGAUGUGCUAUGCACCCCACUCAGCCAUACACAACACAGGUUACCGGCCAUAUCACAUACAUUGAUUCAGAUCUGUCUUGUCUUUGUGUGUAGGGGUGCCACUGCACACCGCACCAGCACCAGCACCAGCACCAGCGACACCAGCAGCAGCAGCAAGAUCCAUCUCUUGUCGUUCGAGUAAGCAAACAAGCAGACAGCAAGCACGGACGGCCACGGUAUGGUACGGUACGGUUCGAGUGUCCGGGAGGGUGGAAAAAGACAGCCAUGCCGCCGCGCUAUUACACACAUACAAACUACACACGAAAGAGAAACAAAGUCAAAGCCGAGAGAAAAAUACGACUGAGUACACAACACAACAGCCGUGGUUACGUCACGCAUCAUGCAUUCCUGUGUUGACGAGAAAUCGAACACGUAAGCUAAGCUGACUGCUGGCUGCUAUGCACAAGAAAAUGGAGAAAUUGGAGACAUGGACAGCGGGAUGUGUGGACGGACGAAGGCCACACGGCCUGCCCUGUCUGCCUUGUGGACUUGUGUGUGUGUUAGUGACAGUGCAGCUGGACGAAUUUGCGGGUGUGGAGCUGCGUGGAGACCUGUUUGGACAGGAGGCCGUGCUUGCGCGCCUUGCCGUAGUGAUCCGCCAUGCGCAUCGCCUACAUCAGGACACACACACACAUACAAAGGUCCACCUCUCCCCCCCUCUCUCUCUGUGUGUGAGUGGAUGGAUGGAUAAUGGGUGCGUGUGUUACUCACCCUGACGAUAGCCUCCGCGUCGAUGGGGUAUGGUUCGUUGAUCAUGCUGUCCCCGGGCUCCAGGCUCCUCUUGGCCACGAUCAUCAGCUCAUCGUCAGUCACCUCUCGCAGACCGAUGUCGUCUGCACUCAACACACAUACACAUGGACAGAUGUUCCUUCCUUUGUGUGGUGUGUGUGUGUGCGAUGGUUGCUGACUGAGUUGUGUGGGCAGUCCGAUGGCCUCGCAGAAGGUGUAGACCUCAUCCACGAUCUCCUGGCCCUUGCCGGUCAGGAACAGCGACGCCUGCACACACACACACACACACAUACACACAGGGAGAGAGAGAGAGAGAGAGAUCCACACUCGGUGUGUGGUGGCUUGCCUCACCUGCAGUCCGAUGGCGACUUUCUCCCCGUGGACGUUGUGGUGUGUCUGCGGCAGCUGCGUCAGCCCGUUGUGAAUCGCAUGGGCGGCAGCCAACCCUGACAAAACACAAAUGAACGGGCAAACCACACUCUCCGAAUGCAUCUCCCUGUGUUUGUGAGGGUUUGUGUGUGAGGGUUUCUGUGUGUGUGUGUACCGGCGGAUUCGAACCCCAGUCCGCUGAGCAGUGUGUUGGCCUCGAUGAUCUUCUCCAGCGCUGGGGUGACCGUCUGCGCCUCGACCGCACACUUCGCCUGACUGAACGCGUGACCCACAUCGCGUAACACCAUUGACAGAACCACAUGUGCCGUUUGUGUCCGUGUGUGAGUGCGCUCGUGUAGUUGAUGACUUACACGCCCCAUUCGAGCAGCGUGUCGUAGCAUAGCCGUGCUGACCACACACACAGAGAGGGGAGAGAGAGAGAGAGGGAUUUCCGCACGUCAAUCUCUCUGUCUGUGUCUGUGCUGACCGAGUGCGUAUGCGGUGAGGCUGCCCGGGCGGCCACUGUUGGUCGAGUUGGGUGCGUUCUUGAUCUUGCAGCUCUCGGCCUCGAACCAGGUGGCCAGGGCGUCGCCCAUGCCCGCCACUAUCAUGCGCACGGGCGCCUUGGACACCGUCACGCUGUCCACUAUCACCACAUCUGGUCAAUUGGAUCGACACAUACACGCACACAGACAGCCGUAUGUAGGGGUGAGUGUGUGUGUGUGUGUGUGUGUGUGACGUCCAAGCAUGGUUACCUGGGUUCUUCCUGUGGUACUGAAUUCGCUUGACGGCUCCGUCGGCGGUGUAGACGAUCGACAACGCACUGCAGGGGGCGUCGGUGCUGGCCAUCGUCGGACACUAACACGCAGAACCACACAGACGGCACAGAAGCAGACAAACUCUGUCCGUGUGUGUUCAUGCCCCUCUCUCCCCCCCCCACCCCUCCCUCUCCCUCUCCCUCUCGUGUGUGAGUACCAUGAUGCAGGGCAGGCCCAUCUUGUCGGCCACACACUUGAUGGUGUCCAGCGCCUUGCCCCCGCCCAUCCCCAGCAGGACAUUCGGCUUGUGUGUGUUGGCCAGCUGCACCAAUCGGUCGAUCUCCUCGUCGGUGCACUCGUUGUUGAACUCAGUGGCGUCAAACAGGUCGAGGGCGGCGUGGAGCGGCUGCUUGAUGGUGGGCAGGAUCACCUUGGUCGAGAAGGGGCAGAGGAGGGCCUGAGGGACGGAGGGAGGGAGGGAGGGAACAGACAUAGACCACAUGCAUAAAUCAGGUGGUCUGGCAGACAGACAGACAGACGUACAAUGCAUCGCGGGCCAAACCGCUUGAUCUCCUCGGGCAGCGUCUUGAAAGCCUGCAGACCACACACACAGACGGGGAUGGGGAGAGAGGCAGAGGCAGCGCUCCGAAGUGGUGAUUGGUUUGAUGCACACUCACAUUCGGCCCUUGGAUGUAGCGGCCUGGGAAGAUGUUGGUGAUGAUGGUGCUCAUGGUGUUGCUUGGUAGCUGCUCGUCGCCUGUUUUCCU